AUGAUGGCCUCAAACGUCUUGUCUCGCUUUCUCCCUCCGAACGGCUCUCCAUCCGUCUACGAGACGAUUCGUCAACAUGAUGCAGAUUCGGAAGCCUCCGAUAUUGAAGAACGCGCAGGGAUAGCUUUCGAAGAUGACCAGCACGAACAAUUCAGUGACCGUGAGCUGGAGGAGGCCCUGGCCGAUGCGGGAGGCGAUAACUUGUCAAGUCCGAACGAGGGCAAACCGUUCCUUCAUCAACCAAAUGCGCGAAGAAGCUCCUUCAACGAUGACCGCCACAAACCAACGUCUCGCCGUCGCAAAUUGAGCCGUCCCCGCUGGAUGCACGCUAGGUCGCCUCAGAAUGAACCGGACGACGGUGACGAUGAUGUUCCGGCGUCUCUCCUCGUGGAAGGGCGGGAGGAUGACGAGGACCUCAAGGCUCGACUUCCUCCUCCCCCUAGCUCUCAUGGCUUUGCGGAUCAAGAAGCCUCUAUUCCUGGCCCUUCGUCUCGCAGAGAUCGUGCCCGCUGGGAGUCUGCUCGAGAACAGCUACCGUUGUAUAAUGAUCAGCGGCGCCCACGCCCGAAGGUCUGGGGCCACCCCAAUCUGGCUGCAGUUGAUCCCAAGGAGAAAGCCAUGUGGUUGUGGGCUAACGUGGAGAACUUGGACAACUUCCUGAAAGACGUGUACACGUACUUUCUAGGCAACGGGAUGUGGUCCAUUUUGCUCAAUCGAGCCUUGAGCCUCCUGUUCAUGGGGAGUCAGUCCAAACAACGGAUGGACGCCCACGACAUUGCGAAUCGAUUAAUGCGCAAGGAGAAUUAUCUGAUUGCGCUAGUGAACAAAGACAUCUUAGAUCUAACACUCCCUGUCCCUUUUCUCCGAAACAGGCAGCUCUUCUCGCGAACCCUCGAGUGGAGCAUCAAUCUUUGCAUCAUGGAUUAUGUCUUCAACGACCAGGGCCAAGUGAGGACGCUCUUCCUGAAAGACACACAUCGGAAAGCCCUGAGCGAAGGCCUGCGACGAAGGUUCAUCUUUGCCGGGGUGAUGAAUAUUUUUAUAGCCCCGUUCAUUGUCGUCUAUUUCCUGAUGCAUUACUUUUUCCGUUAUUUUAACGAGUACAAGAACACCCCCGCUCAGAUCGGUUCUCGCCAGUACACGCCUCUGGCCGAAUGGAAAUUUCGCGAAUUUAACGAGCUCUGGCAUCUAUUCGAGCGGCGCAUCAACAUGUCCUACCCUUUCGCCAGUCGAUAUAUAGAUCAAUUCCCCAAAGAUAAGACUGUGCAGGUCGCUGGCUUUGUGGCGUUUGUCUCUGGGGCUGUGGUGUCCGUGUUGGCGCUGGCGUCCAUUAUCGAUCCCGAGCUAUUCCUAGGGUUUGAGAUCACGCACGACCGCACCGUCCUCUUCUACCUCGGUGUUUUCGGCUCUGUUUGGGCGGUUGCGCGGGGAAUGGUGCCAGAAGAGACCACGGUUUUUGACCCGGAAUACGCCCUCCUGGAGGUGAUCAACUUCACCCACUACUGUCCCAGUCAUUGGAAAGGGCGGUUGCACAGUGAUGAUGUCCGGACGGACUUUGCCAUGCUCUAUCAGAUGAAGAUUGUGAUCUUCCUGGAGGAGAUAUUGAGCAUGAUCUUCACCCCGUUCAUCCUCUGGUUCAGUCUGCCGAAAUGCAGCGACCGGCUCAUUGACUUCUUCCGCGAGUUCACGGUGCACGUGGACGGCAUGGGUUAUCUUUGCUCCUUUGCCGUGUUUGAUUUCAAAAAAGGCACCAACGUCAUCUCGCAAGGAGACGCUGGACGCCGGGAUCCCGCUCGGCAGGACCCACGGGCAGACUACUUCUCCACCAAGGAUGGGAAGAUGCUGGCAUCAUACUACGGGUUUUUGGAUAACUACGGGACCAACAAUCGGCCUGGGCAGCCACCCCACAACAAGCGACCGUUCCACCCGCCGCCGGCCUUCCCAACACUGGGAUCACCCUCCGCCGUGGAGAUGGGCAACAUUGGUGACCGGAUGUCCACUCUGGGACCUCGAUUUGGCGGAGCCGCUGGUGGCGGGGAGUAUGCCUCCCCCGCGCCGUCCAUGCUCCUGGAUCCGCACCAUCAGCCGUCUGCAUCGGGCUUCCGAUCGGUGAAUCGCGCGCCUUUGUACCCCCGGACCCGAGCCUCUCGCCUGUCCCGACCGCUGUCGGAUCCGAUCGAGGACGAUGGUGAAUCCCCGUCAACAGAGACUCGCGGCGCGGCGGCCAAGCGAUCCCCGCAUGUGAUGGCGACGGGGUCUAGCGGGGGAGGGAUCGGCACCAGCGACAGCAACUUGGGCGAGUCCUGGCGGAUGAAUCUCGGGGACGAGGACGGGGGCGAGGAGGGAGAGAACGUGGAUGCGAUUGCUGGGGGUGCAGGCGUGUUGGGCCUAAUCCAGCAAUUCCAGCGGAAACAUCGUCCGAUGAAGCGAUGA